CGGCGAGGUGGCGCGGAGCGGAGGGCGAACAUGUGGCGACGGUCAUGCUGGUGCCACUUCCGCUGCGCGGUGCUGCAGAGCCGGCCGGCCCCUGCCGCCUUCCCCAGGAGAAGCCUCAGGAUCCCGCCUGCUUGGGGGUCCUGGAGGCCCCUGCCGCUGUGGAAGAAGGUGCUCUCUGCCACGGCACUGGGGCUGCCCGUGCUCCUUGGCGUCCGCUACUCCGUGGCAGAGCCGCAGGAGAGGAGGAGGAUGCGGCUCAUGGUGGACGGUGUCGGGCGCUUCGGCAGGUCUCUGAGGAUCGGCCUGCAGAUCUCCAUGGACUACUGGUGGUGCACAAACGUCGUCCUGCGAGGCGUGGACGAGAACAGCCCGAGGUACUCGGAGGUGCUGUCCGCGUGCCAUCAGCGGGCGGCCGACGCCCUGGUGGCCGGGGCCAUCAGCAACGGGGGCCUGUACGUGAAGCUGGGCCAGGGCCUGUGCUCCUUCAACCACCUGCUGCCCCCCGAGUACAUCCGGACGCUGCGAGUGCUGGAGGACAGGGCCCUGACACGCGGCUUCCGGGAGGUGGAGGAGCUGUUCCUGGAGGACUUCCAGGCCCCGCCCCAGGAGCUCUUCCAGGAGUUUGACUACCAGCCCAUGGCCGCGGCCAGCCUGGCCCAGGUGCACCGCGCCCGGCUGCACGAUGGCACCGCCGUGGCUGUGAAGGUGCAGUACAUCGACCUGCGGGACCGCUUCGACGGGGACAUCCACACCCUGGAACUCCUGCUCAGGCUCGUGGAGCUCAUGCACCCCAGCUUCGGCUUCAGCUGGGUCCUCCAGGACCUGAAGGGGACCCUGGCCCAGGAGUUGGACUUCGAGAACGAGGGGCGCAACGCUGAGCGCUGUGCGCGGGACCUGCAGCACUUCCGCUACGUCGUGGUCCCCCGCGUGCACUGGGCCACGUCCAGCAAGCGAGUGCUGACAGCCGAAUUCUGUGAGGGCUGCAAGGUCAACGACGUGGAGGCCAUCAAGGCCAUGGGGCUGGCGGAGCGGGAUAUAGCGGAGAAGCUCAUCCACGCUUUUGCCGAGCAGAUAUUCUACACAGGCUUCAUCCACUCCGACCCCCACCCUGGCAACGUUCUGGUACGGAAAGGCCCGGACGGGAAGGCACAGCUGGUGCUGCUGGACCAUGGGCUCUAUCAGUUCCUAGAGGAGAAGGAUCGCGCGGCCCUGUGCCAGCUGUGGCGGGCCAUCAUCCUGCGGGACGACACCUCGAUGAAGACGCACGCGGCCGCGCUGGGGGUGGAAGACUACUUCCUGUUCUCGGAGGUGCUCAUGCAGAGGCCUGUGCGCCUGCGCCAGCUGUGGCGGUCGCACCUGCUGAGCCGCGAGGAGGCGGCCUACAUGCAGGCCAUGGCCCGGGAGCACUUCGAGGACAUCAUGGCCGUGCUCAAGGCCCUGCCGCGGUCCAUGCUGCUGGUGCUGCGGAACAUCAACACCGUGCGCGCCAUCAACAGCGCCCUGGGCGCCCCCGUUGACCGCUACUUCCUCAUGGCCAAGAGCGCGGUCCGGGGCUGGAGCCGCCUGGUGGGCGCAGCACACCCGGGUGCCUACGGCGCCAGCGUCGCGCGCCACGUCAGGGUUGCCUGGGAGACGUUCAAGUUUGAAGUGGCCCUGAGGCUGGAGACCCUGUCCAUGCGGCUGACCGCCCUCCUGGUCCGAGCGCUGGUGCACCUGGGCCUCAUGCCCCGGACCGAGGGGCUGUACGAGUACCUGGAGACCUAGGGCCCGGGGCCGGCCAGGACUGCGUGUGGGG